AUGUCCCAGCAAAGAACCAUCCGGCUCUCCUUGCAGCAGCAUACUAGCACUGUCUAUGUGCUGGGCACAGAAAUCUCCAUUGACAUACAUGGAUCAGCCCCGAAGGACGCCACGUCGUUCGAUGUCCGUGGCACCCCUGGUGUUGACGUCUAUAUUGUCCACAACCCUCAGGUUGCCAAGGUACCGACGUGCGUGCCCAGAUGGCCCCUGGAUGCCGGGGUGGAGGUGGUGGUGACUAUGAAGGCACCAAGCAAUGCUGUCAAUGAUAACAAGGUUAGGAUUUCAUACUAUGGGCAAGACGGGGGGACUCCUGUACACAGAGCCAUGCUCUACCUUACCUGUGUUGACAUCUCCCUGGAUGCUGAUACAACUCGCAGUGGGGCGGUGAAGAGGAAAACAACAGAUAAGAGAGAGUGGACGUGGGGCCCAGAUGGGCAAGGAGCUAUCCUGCUAGUGAACUGUGAUAGGGACGACCCAAAGUCCUCGGAUAUGGACAACAUGGAUUUCUGUGUGCGAUCGUACGCAGACCUUCGGGACAUGUCAUGUAUGAUCUUGAGAACUCAAGGCCCCGAUGCAAUCUUUGAUGACCACAAGUUGGUUCUUCACAUUUCCAUGUCAGACGCAGACAAAGUGGGAGUUUUCCACGCUCGGGGCGAUGACGUUCUCCACCAGUACGAGCACGUGCUGGGGUCAGAUGAGCUCUCCUACGUAGUGGACCGUCCCAGCGGACAAGAAGAGGACACCUUCUAUGUGGAGGGUUUGGCCUUCCCGGAUGCUGACUUCUCAGGGCUGGUUGCCUUCCACGUCACGCUGCUGGAUGCCCCGGUUGAGAAUCUUCCCGAGACCCCGAUUUUCACAGACACGGUGGUUUUCCACAUGGCUCCCUGGAUAAUGACCCCCAACACUCAGCGGCCUCUGGAGGUCUUUGUCUGCAGCGUGAGCGACAAUGCUGACUUUGUGGAAGCCGUGAGCGAACUCGCCAGGAAAGCCCGCUGCAAGCUGACCAUCUGCCCGGAGGUGGAGAACCGGAACGACCGCUGGAUCCAGGACGAGAUGGAGUUUGGCUACGUGCAGGCUCCCCAUAAAACGUUUCCCGUGGUCUUCGACUCGCCCAGGGACCGAGAGCUGCAGGACUUCCCUUUUAAGAGCAUCUUGGGCCCCGAUUUUGGCUACGUGACCCGAGAACCUUAUAAUGAAACGGUCUCCAGCCUCGACUCUUUUGGGAACCUGGAAGUCAGCCCUCCAGUGACCGUCAGAAGGAAGGAGUAUCCCCUAGGGAGGAUCCUCAUUGGCAGCAGCUUCCCCAGGGUUGGUGGCAGGAGGAUGACAAAGGCCGUCAGGGACUUUCUCUAUGCCCAGAAAGUGCAGCCCCCCGUGGAGCUCUACGUCGACUGGUUGUGUGUGGGUCACGUCGAUGAAUUCCUCAGCUUUGUCCCAGCUCCGGGCAGACAGGGUUUCCGGCUGCUCUUAGCCAGCCCCAGUGCCUGUUACAAGCUCUUCAGAGAGAAGCAGGAAGAGGGCUAUGGAGAAGCCAGGCUGUUUGAAGAGUUAGAGACAGUCACCACAACAACAAUAGAUGAGAUUCUGGCCAAUGAAAACCUGAGGAGGGAGAACGACUAUGUUCAGAGCUGCAUCGACUGGAACAGAGACAUCCUGAAACGGGAGCUGGGCCUGAGCGAGAAAGACAUAAUCGACCUCCCCCAGCUCUUCACGGUAAUCGACAAGGAAGCCAGUGCUUUCUUCCCAGACAUGGUGAACAUGAUCGUCUUGGGGAAACACCUGGGCAUCCCGAAGCCGUUUGGGCCGAUCGUUGACGGGCAGUGCUGCCUGGAAGAGAACGUUCGCUCACUGCUGGAGCCGCUGGGCCUGACCUGCACCUUCAUCAAUGACUUUUUCACCUACCACACCCUAUUAGGGGAGGUCCAUUGCGGCACCAACGUCCGCAGGAAACCCUUCUCCUUCAAGUGGUGGAACAUGAUCCCCUGA